UGUACUUGCACGAUGACAUUGUGCCAUAGGCGUAAUAUUUUAUUUGUUUAUUUGUUUUUUAGAAACAAAACUGGUCAUUUUUCUUUUGUUUGCCGCUAACAACAAUAAUUACAACAAUAUUAACAUGUCCAAUACUGGAAUUUCUGAGGGGAAAGUGGCAGUGGUGGGUGAUUAUGGUGUUGGAAAGACGUGUUUGUUGCAAAGGUUUGUAACAGGAAAAUACAGCGAAGAUCACCAAUGUACCAUAGGGCUAAAUUAUCAAAGUAAAGUCAUCGACGUCUGUGGUCGAAAAGUUAAAUUACAUUUUAUGGAUACAGGUGGAGAUGAAAAAUUUGAAUCAUUAAAUAUGAUCCAUGUUCGAAGAUCUGUGUGUGUAUUAUUAGUCUAUGAUAUUACUCGGGAAAAAUCAAUUAUCCGAAUAGACAAGUGGUUUAAAAGUAUUGAACAGACAGCACCAAGCGAUGUGAUUAAAAUUUUAGUCGGAUGCAAAUACGAUAAAGAUGUUGUAGAAAGGUCGGUUUCAACCGAUAUUGGACAAGCGGUGGCUGAACAUUAUAAAACACCGUUUUUUGAGGUAUCGGCCAAAAACAAUACCAAUGUUAAAGAAUUAUUGAACACGAUAGCGGAAAUGUCGCUAGGAGUAAUCCAUACUCGAUUUUUUGCAAAAGACCAGAUCAUAUAAAAUAUGAUUUCGCACCAAGCCCGUACCGAUGGAAUUCCGUUAAAUAAUGUUCUUCUAUAAGUUACUAGGGUUAUAUGAGUUCUAAGUAACCAUAGGAGCGCACUGGGCAUCCUAGACGAUUAACGUUGUUACGCUUUCUUGAAAAGUUGGCAUGAUGUGACCGACAUUGUUGUCUGGUUUCGAGGUCCGUUUGGUUCUUGCACAAGAACUAGCUGAGAUACGUAAACCACCUAAUGGAGGAUGUAGUUGUUAAUUUUUUUUUAAUUCUUUUUAGUAUUUAAGUAAUUAUUAUUAUUUUAAGUAUCGGUAUAAGUCCACAAUAUAUUACUAAACUCAGACUGAUGUUAAAGUGUUUUACGUAUUUAACAGUUUAGGCUUAAUAAAAUUGACAAAAAUCAAUAUUAGAUGGUCAUACACACACACACAGAAAUUAUUUUCUUUAUGUAUCAAGUAACAACCAAACAAUUUAAAUAAACAGAAAAUAUAUUUACAUAUUUUUAUGAAUUUAUUUUGGAUUUUUACUAGACAUUUUUUUUUUUCUUUAAAUUUUUAAAUUAAUAGUAUUGAAGUAGUAUAAAUCAUGUCGAAAAGAGUAGUAAAAAAAAUCGAGACAGCGCCAAAGAUUGAAAAGAACAUUAAACCAAUACCGAAAUCGAAAUUACCAAAAACUCCGGUCGUGAAGAAAACGGUCAUUCCAAAAAAACUCACUGUGCAAACUAGCGUGGACACAAUACCCAAACCGUGUUCGGCAGAACUCAAAUCGGAAACCGAUAAAGUUAUCGAACGUUGGGAGAAACUGGUGUCGGAAUCGUACACGUUGAGCUGUAGAAGGACUGCACAAGAAACGUUUCUCGGAGAAUAUUCAAUAUCCACGUCAGACGAAAAGUUGUCGAUUUCCACAGUACACGAAGGAAACCAAAAAGACGAUGAUGUUGAAAAAGCUGAACAAGCUGAGAUAAAGCUGAAUAAAAAGAGUAUUGGUGAUAAUAACACAGUACCAAAACCAAUAGACAACGUACAAAAGUUAAAGAUUGAACUUGACGACGAAAAAAAAACCAGAAAAUUAUUGGAGGAUCGUUUACAGAUUUCUGAAAAAAAAGAUAAAGAAGCUAGACUAGCUUUGGCAACAAAUAUCGACGAGAUGGAAUCGUUGAAAUGCGAAAUGGAAAAACUACAAAACGCCAACAGCGUGCUAACCGAACAGUACGAAGCGGUUGCCGCAGAAUUGGAAAACCAAAAGACCAACAACAGUAAGCUGAACGAUUUGUACAACGCUGUGGUCGACAGGUGUAAGUACCUGGAAGACAACGGCAACAACGAAAACGUGAGUUACUAUACAAACAAACUGGAAGAAAUCACCCGUCAACAGGAAAUGGUAAUCGCCGAGAAAAACUCUUUGCAAUCCGAAUUAGAUGAAUCUAAUGCGACGUUGGACAACUUGCAACAACGUAUAGAAAUAAUAAUGGAAGAGUCGGCUAGAAAAGAAUCGGAACUCACCGAAAAAUUGACCGCACUAGAAGAAGAAAAUACCACGUUGAAACAAUAUCAGACAUACUUGGAAGAGCAGAUCGACACCGUGCAAAAAGCGUUGGCCCGCAAAGACCAGUACAUCAAGCAGCACGAGUUCAUGGUCGAUGAACUGACCAAAGACAAACGCAUGUUGGAGAAGUCGCUGAACACCGCGACGCACGUGCAGCCGUACAGAGAAGAAGAGAUGGAAAACUAUCGGCGUCAGAUCAAAAACUUGACGGCGUCCAUUGUGGACAUGAAAAACGCUUUCGCCAUCACCGAAGCCGCCUACAACAAAGAAAUGGAAGAAGUCAGGGAGGAGUUACAAACCCGAGAUAAGCUGUUGACGACGAAAAACAAAACCAUUCAACAGCAGGAUCAGACGUUGCGCUUGAUGAAGGAGAUGAACGCUACGGCGAGACCCACUUCCGUGCCGGAAGCCACUGCGAAAGUCAAACGCAAUAGUUUCACCGAGGAACAUACCAAGUGGCGUAAAAUUUACGAUGACAUCGAGUUGGAGACCACAGCGUUUUCUGAUUCUUCGGCCAUUUACUGAACUUGCCUGGAUGUAAAAUAAAUUACGCUACGCCUGAUUACUACGCCUAAUCGAGUAUUGCCAUUUUUUUUUUGGUUAGCAACGCAAAGCCCGUUAACAUAACAACAAAUUUAACUUAAUACUUCUUGUCUUUUUAAGUACUUAACUUCACGAUCCGGACUGGACCAAAUUGAAGAAUACUUAACUAACUAAUUAUAAACACUCGACAAUAAUUUCACCCAACAAAAACCAUAAUUCUCUCUCUAAACAACUGAUAACACCCCUUUUACACAAAAUAACAAACAACAUUCAUUUCACACCACUAUUAUUAAUGUAUAUACUUUAUUUUACCUGUUUCUCUUCAAAUAGCACCAUACAUUGUUUUUUUUUUUCCAUACCACAUUUGAAAGAGGAAAUC